UUAAAGUUUGGGUUGCCACCCGAGCUUGCUUCACGAAUGCCGCUACAUGGAAAUACGUACCGCAUAUAUGGUAUUGUGAUAAUUCUCCGUUCUGCGUGGGUAAAAGGAAUUACUUAACAGUAUGUAAUCAAAGGAAAGAAGGAGAGACGGUUACUUGUAUAGCAAUGUUCUGUCAUGGGGGGAAAAAAAGCUUGUUUCGGACUUUUGUAAAAAUUUACAUGCACGUAUUCUUGAGAUAUUCGUACUACGUAUGUAACAUGGACCGUAGGAUAUACAUAAUCACGCAUAUUUUGCAUUUUUAAAUAUUUUAUCGUAAUUAUACAUACAUGUGCACACGCACACACACACGUAAGUGUGCUUUAUUACUGGCAACAUAUGUAUAUGUAGUAAUAUUUAUGUACAGUGUAUCAUCAUUAUAUUAUAGACGGUAACAUACAAGAUCACUAAGUCACAAUUGUACUUGUUAAAAAUAGCUCGUAUGCUUCGUUUCAUUUAUACUGUCUGAAUAUAUACGAUUACCGAAGAAGUUGUACCGUUUCCUUUUUCAGCGUAUCUCUGGAUUCGAAUUCGCGAAUCCCACGCCGAUUUAAGUUUCUCCAGUAGUCUCAUAUUUAUAUUUCCAUCAUUCAAAUGAUCAAAGACGGAGUUGCCAAGACCAAGAUCUACUCUCGUGGAUAUCAACGUUAUCGACCUUCCUCGAGAGGAUUAUCGGGAAGGCGCAUUAGCCGUAGACGGUCAAUUGCGCAACGCGACCGAUUCAGCGGACAAGCUUGCUCGCUCACUCGCUCGUGACGCGUACCAAGGACAGAUAAGAAUGGAUCGGCCGAUUUCGUCAUCGACGGGACGCGCGCUUGUCACAGCGCGGAGAUUCAGUCGUCGGCAUCAGCGUCAUACGUGACCACGCGCUCGCCAGAUGCACUGGACCGUCGCGGCCGCAUACGCACGCUGAACGCUGCAGCCUGUCAAGCUCACGACGUUGCGGUGAGCGCGUAUCGCGGCACCGCGCUCCUCGCUUCGCUCCUGACAACGCUGCGGCAGAGGCAUCGAAAAUGCGUAUGGUGCUUGUGAAGUUCCGCGAAAUCUCGCAGAAAUAUCCGAUAGUACGAGGUAUGGCGUCCUACUCGAUCAUAUGGCCGACCGCGUGUCUAAUGCAACAGAAGAUAAUGGGCAAGGAGGAAUUCAAUUAUGCGGAGGCUAUACGGUUCAGUCUGUAUGGCAGUCUCUACGUAGCACCGACGUUAUACUGCUGGCUGAGAUGCGCGUCCUACCUGUGGCCUAAAGCGGAUUUGAAAUCAGCUGUUACCAAAGCUUUAGUCGAGCAAGUUACGUAUAGUCCUGUGGCUAUGUGUUCCUUCUUUUUUGGCAUGAGUUUUCUUGAAUUAAAGCCAAUUUCGGAAUGCAUCGAAGAGAUCAAAAUUAAGUUUUGGCCGACAUACAAGACUGCCAUUUGCGUAUGGCCAAUUCUACAGACCAUCAAUUUCAUCCUGAUUCCGGAGCGAAAUCGCGUUGUAUACGUCAGCGUGUGCAGUUUAGCCUGGACGUGCUUCCUCGCCUAUAUGAAAGCUUUCGAAGGCAAACGAAAACAGAAGGAGCUGAUGGACGUUAAUGACAUUAGUUCCAAUAUUACAUUAAAGAGCCCAAGCGAACAACUCCAGAAAAGUGGCUUACAACUUUCUAUACUACGAUAA